UGCAGAAAGAGUGGUUGAAACUGCAUCUCUGCUUCCUCUUGUUGGCAGAACAGUGUGAAGUUGCUGGCUUGGUGGUGGAAUUUGACCUUACUUUUCCUUGUCUGGUUGGGAGACACCCCCCCAAGUUUGGAACAUCUGUACAUGGAAUAUGACGAGGAUGAUGAUAUCUUCUUUGCAAAAUGGAUGAGCAGCUUCUGGGGCCACAACUUGAUCGAUGAGAAUGAGAAAGAGGGUAGAGGCCACAGGAAACGUCAGACACGAUUCUGUAAUGAGAGGAGAGCAUCCCUACCGGCCAAGCUUUCCUCCCUCCAUGCAACACGACUUCAUGAUUCUGCCAAAGGCUCAUCUUCAGGCCAUCUCAAGGGCUCCAAGGAAUUUCAAGAAGACCAAGAUGUCAAAUGCCACUGCCACAGGAAGGCAAGCAGAACAGCUUCAGCAGACAGCUCAGGCCCAGACACAAGAUCAAAUUCCAUUCAGGAAUUUGCAGAGUCCUUUGAAAAGCAAUUGCAUCUCAAAAGCAAGCGCUCAGUUUCUUUGCAACCUGAAGGCGUGAAGGAGAGACGAGAAAGAGAAAGAUUGCAUUUGAGAAAAAGCAAGUCUCAUAAGAGAAUGGAAGAGAAAUCAGAGCCAAGGAGAGAACGAGAAGAAGCUGAAGGUUCAGAAGUACCUGCAAAACACAACGAACAGUUUCCAUCACAAGCAAGCAUUCAGAAAGGAUAUUUAUGCACAGGCAGCUAGAAUGCAUUGAGAUAAUCAAUUUUAACAUUCCCUCUAAAGAGCAGAGGGAGAAUUCUUGUUUUGUUUUGACUAGAAGAGGCCUGAUAGCUAGAAUAAACCCUAAGCUGUAAAACAAAAGUAAAAUUCAACUGCAUC